AGAUGUUAUGGUUUGAGCUCACAGGAGCACUGUCAGAGCUGGUGAGCAGCGGACUUUUGGAUAUUUGAACGCGAUACAUAUCACAAAGAGAAAAUACAUCGUGAAAAGGUUCAAAAGUUCAUCUAGCAUGAACAACAUAAGUGUCUCAUUCCUGACUGGCCCAGAGACUACUCCUGACCCUGAUGAGGAAAAUGCUGUGAAAAAUAACUAUUCCACAGCCAUUGGUGCCCUCAUCUUCAGCUUGGUCUUCCUCCUGGGUGUCCCUGGAAAUCUCUUCAUUGUCUGGAGCAUCCUGGCUCGCUGCCGACAACGCUCAGUCACCACCCUCCUCAUCCUCAACUUGGCAUGUGCUGAUGGGUUCCUCAUGGCUCUCUCCAUCUUUUUCAUCAUCUUCCUGGCGUUGCGGACGUGGGUCUUUGGUAACGCCAUGUGCAAAAUUGUGUUCUACCUGUGCCACUCCAACAUGUAUGCAUCAGUCUUUCUGAUAACCCUGAUGAGCGUGAACAGGCUGUUGGCCGUGGUCUUUCCACACACACUGUAUCGCCUGAUCACCAGGAAGGUUGUGAGGAGGGUGAUCCUAGGCACAUGGGUGCUAGUGAUUGUCAUGUCUAUCCCCUCGUUGGUGUUUCGAGAUGUGAAAGAAGUAACUGAUGAAAUGAAUCAAACAACAUAUUUGUGUGCACCCAAUCACACACUGCGUAGACACGUGAGGUUUGAGUACGCCUUUCAGACAGUGGCAGGAUUCAUUAUUCCUUAUGCAAUCAUUAUAACCAGCUACGUUCUCAUCCUGAAACGCCUGAGGGAGACCAGGUUUCAACGAAAUAUCCGCAGCGAGAAACUCAUCCUGGCUAUUGUCAUAAUGUUUGGCCUGUUCUGGUUGCCGUACCACGUCGUCAACAUGAUACGGGUGGCAGCUGCGUGGUACCCAAAGGACUCAGAAACAAGAAAACAAUUGCAUGAUAUCGCCGAGUCAACCCGAGCGGUGGCCGCAGCUUUGUCCUUCAUGAGCAGCUGUGCUAACCCGGUCCUCUACACCUUUGCCGGAAAAUCCUAUAUCAAGAAUAAUGGCUUUGCCUUUAUGGCUAAGCUGUUUGAGGGAACAUCAUCGGAAACAGAAACCAAAACCACGCGGUUCACAGCAAAAGACGAUCUGGGAAAGAAUAACGUUGAUUCCGAAAAUCAUACACUGGCCACUCUACAAAAUUGAUGUUGAAUGAACUUAAUGCACUUAACAGACUGUAUAUAAAUGAGAACACUUAAAAUUGUGUAAAUCUUUAAAUGGAACAUGGAGCUUGAGCAUUUGAGGCCACAGACGAUAAGCACCAGCACAGUAUAUUUAGAAUCUGAUAACAGGGUUUAAGUGGAAGUCAGAGGCACAGGAACAGCCAGGCUACCUUUGCCUGCAUGCACCUGAAUAUCUGUAAAGUGUAUGGGACUGUACAUACUUUUUUUGUGUGUCACAUUAUGUGUAUGUGAGAAUGCUACUUAACAUAGAAAGCAGACUCAGCCGAGUAUUUUCAUGCUUAGUGUGUUCAUUUAUAGUCAGGUGAAUGAAUGAAGAUGGGAUGGUUGGGGAAGUUUGGCCUUGCAGAGACACAGAUUGAAUGGUUUAUAUGACACUGUGUGUGUGUGUGUUUUUUAAAUGCAACUGUUAAGAAUUGUAAAUGGCUGUACCCAAAAGGCAGAUUCACAAAAUUGCCAUUAAGCUCAGUAGGUUGAUUUAUAAUGAUAUAACUAUAUAAAAUGAGCUGACAAAGAGUGAUGUAGCCUAGGUGGGCCUAGGACGUAGUCUAGGAGGGUCAUGAGAGAGAGAAAACAAGUGUAAGUGAUGACUUGCAGGGAGGAGAAAUAAGUAGUUCAGCUCAGAGGAGACAUUGUGAAGUAUUCCUCAAGACAGGCCUAAGCAAAAUUAGGUUUUUGGGGCCUUCUAUUACUGUCAGUAGUACUGCUUAGUGAUCAUUCACACACCUAUUAUCUUAUUUCAUUUUCUAAUGUUCCAUUAUAAAUAUGCUUGUGAAACUAGAUGUGAGAACUCUUUGUUGCUGUUAGAUUGUAAUCUACAGUGCUAAAGCUCAAAGAAUCAGAAAACCAUUUGCACACUUGCUGAAAAAUAACUCAAAUAAUAUUUAGCAAAGUCAGCAUCUCCCCCUAAUGGCCACACAGAGAAGCAAUAUACAAAACCUCAAAGAGCUGCACAGUUGCAGCAGUGUUGUUGCAUCAUCUUAUUGCCAGCCUGGAAUGUUUUAACCCAUCUAUGGCUUUAAUCUGAAUUGGUAGUAAGUUCAGCUGCAAGUGUGCCUGGGAUUGAUUUACACGUGAUAUUCAGUGUGAUAUAAUAUUGUAAUGAUUGUUAAAGGCUAUUCUACUGUGACAGGUUGACUAUCUGUGUGCACUGUUGUUGUUUCUUUAAGAGACAUGUUUGGUUGUGCUGCAGGAAAAGUCAGUGAGUGUGUGCAGGAAGGGAAAGGGGGUUCUUGUUGUUCGGAGCUGGAGAGGAGUUGUACCGGAGGUCUCGGGGUUAACAGCCCGUGUCCUAUACAAUAAACCAUGGUGAGAUCAAAA